ACCAUCAUACUAACACGACAUUAAUAAACAAUUCGUGCAUGCAGUCGCAACCUAAACAAAUUAAGUAUACUUCACUGACGUGAACAAUCAUCAACCAAAGUCGACACAACAAUCCAUCAAAAUGCUGCCAAUAAUAUUAUUAGCAGUAGUAGUAGUGCUAAUAGUUUUCUACUUUCAAAACACAUUCACCUACUGGGAGCGGAAAAAAAUACCUUCCUAUCCGUCGCCAUCUUUAAUCACCGGUCACAGCAAAUCAAACUUCGCCAAUCAAAUAGUGGACAUGUACAAAUAUUUCAAGAACAAGGGAUUAAAACAUGGCGGUUUUUAUAUUUUCCAUCAACCUAUCUACAUGCCAAUGGACUUAGAUCUGCUGCGUCAAAUUAUUACCAAAGAUUUUGAUCAUUUUAAUGAAAAAGGAUUGUACAACAACGAAAAGGACCAGCCAAUCAACAUGCAUCUGUUCGCGCUUGGUGGUAACCGGUGGAAGAAACUGCGUGUCAAGCUAACUCCAACUUUUACCUCUGGUAAGCUAAAGAACAUGUUCCCAACGAUGCUUGAUUGUUCCAAGCCGCUAUUGAAGGCGAUCGAAAAGAGCACCAAAUCGAAGACGGUAAUCGAUAUAAAAGAUGUUGCUUCGAAAUUUACGACUGAUAUCAUUGGUAGUUGUGCAUUUGGAAUUGAAUGUGACAGUUUCAAUGAUCAAAAAUCAGAGUUUCAUGAAAAUGGCAAAAAAUUGUUGACGCGCUCAAAGUUAGGAUUAUUUAAACGUGCAAUGGGAUUAUCAUUUCCAAAACUUUGCCGUUUUGUUGGAAUGGUUCAACUGCCACGUGAUCUCGAAGCAUUUUACACUAAUAUUACCAAAGACACUAUUAAACUUCGCGAGGAAAACAAUAUUCACCGCAAUGAUUUCUUAGAACUCUUAAUGACCAUGAGAGACAAAGCAAAUCCUGAGGAACGUAUUAAUCUUCAGGAGAUUAUUAAUCAAUCUUUUGUUUUUUACGUGGCUGGCUUUGAGACAUCUUCAUCUGUGAUGACCUACGCUCUCUUAGAAUUAAGCCGCAACGCCGAAAUGCAAGACAAAGUUCGUCAAGAGAUUACUGACGUUUUAAAGAAAUAUAACAAUGAAAUUACAUAUGAUGCUGUCCAUGACAUGAAGUACCUGGGACAGGUAAUUGAUGAAACAUUAAGGAUGUAUCCACCAGUGUUAGUGUUGAAUCGGGCAUGUAACAAAGACUACCCCAUUCCUGGAACUGACAGGGUUUUAGAAAAAGACACCAAAGUCUUCAUUCCUGUGCUUGCCAUUCAUCAUGAUGAAGAGUUUUAUCCUAAUCCGGAAAAGUUUGAUCCAGAGAGGUUUUCCGAUGAGAAUAAAAAAGAAAGACAUCCAUAUGCGUUCUUGCCAUUUGGAGAAGGACCACGACAAUGUAUUGGGUUGCGGUUUGGAUAUAUACAGACCAAAAUUGGUUUACUUACAAUGUUGAAACAGUUUAAGUUUACUUUGCAUCCGAGUGUGAGUUAUCCUAUCAGGUUUGAUAAAGGACUGAUUGCGUUGUCUCCGGCUGAAACCAUUUUGUUGAACUCAACGCCAAUAUAAAUAAUACUCAGUAUUAAUGUACCGACUAGACUAUAAUUAGUGAUAUAACAAACAAAAAAUUUGGUCGUAUAAACUUGAAAAUAUAAUCUGGUUGACCUUGUAAUUUGGAAAUUAUGUUAUGGUAAAGGUAGAUAACUAUGUACAUUUAUUUAAAUAAUUCGUCAUCGAAUUAAGUAAAACUGAAAUGCAAAUAA